AUGGGCGUAACGGCCAUGCUGAAGAACCAGUGGCCCGACGCCCCAUUCGAGAUCGACUGCCUGAACGACCUUCGGCCCUACAAGGACGAGGAUGAGGUCAUCGUCAUGGCUGCCGUCGACCCGCUCGGCGCCGACGACUGCCGGAGGAUCGCGGCGGAGGUCCUCGAUGAGAAGCCGCUUAUCCUGUUCAACCCCAGGCUUUCCAGUGGCGAGGUGGGCGUCGGCCUCAACAUGCGCCGCAUCCAGAACCAAUUCCUGCAAACCUUCCUGGUCACGUACUCCAUCCGGCCGCUGGGCGACAUCGGCUCCGUCUUCAGGCGCUACCCUGGCAUGUGGCAGGUGUUCGUGGAGGACAAGGAGGCGCCCGGGAGGUACCGCGUGGCGGCAGAGCGGCCAUCCAGACCCGGAGGCGAAGCUCUAGAGUACAUUAUUAAAUCCGCCCUCAACCCUGGGGCCGCCGACGCAGAGGGGCAAGGCGGACAGCCAGGCCUCCUGGACCAGAUUUCCUCCACCGUCUCCUCCAUCCAGAGGUUCAUGAAGUCCAUUUCCAAGUGA